AAACAUUCCAGAUCUGUCAAAUUGCGAGGGCAUCUCCUGUGUACGGCCCUCUUCAGGUCCCCCCGACAGAUUUUGUAUAGGAUUCAGGUCUGGGCUCUGGCUGAGCUAUUCCAAAACAUUAAUCUUUUUUUGCUGAAGCCAUUCUUUUGUUGAUUUGGAUGUGUGCUUUGGAUCAUUGUCAUACUGAAAAGUGAAAGGUCUCAUUUUCAGCUUUCUAGCAGAUGCCAAAAGUUUCUGUGCCAAAAUUGACUGGUACUUGGAGCGAGUCAUGAUUCCCUCCACCUUCACUAAAGCCCCAGUUCCAGCUGAAGAAAAGCAGCCUCAAAGCAUGAUGCUGCCACCACCAUGCUUCACUGUGGGUCUGUCGCUACCACAUAGUGAUUGUGAAUCCACUCCCAAAGCAAUUCACCAAUAAAUGCUCUGAAUAUUCCUGUCAUCUUUGAAUUGAAGAAGAGUUUCCAGAAGAGCAGGACAAACUUCAUGUGUCAACAAUUUCGGACAUACUACUGCAAAGAUGGAUUUUAUUAAAGAGGAGAGAGAGGACAUGGGUUAUCCAGAACCACACAGAGAGAAAAAUGAAGAUACUGAGGAACAAAUAGGCCUGAUGGAAGUGAAGGUGGAAAGUCAAGAACUGAAUGAAGUGGAGGAGAAACAUUGGUAUCAGGAACCACAUACAUCCAUAACAUUUUGUUGCUCACAGACUGAAAAUAAUUCCUCACAACAAACAACGCGACAGACAGGAGCCACAAAUUCUUUCACAUGUCCUCAGUGUGGAAAGAGUUUUAGACAAAAAGGACACCUUACCAGUCAUGUGAGAAUUCAUACUGGAGAGAAACCUUUCACAUGUCCUCAUUGUGGAAAGAGUUUCUCACAGAAAGAAAACCUUAAAAGACACAUAAGAGUUCACACCAGAGAGAAUCCUUUCACAUGUCCUCAGUGUGGAAAGAGUUUCUCACAGAAAGAAAAUCUUAAAAGGCACAUAAGAGUUCACUAUGAAGAGAAUCCUUUCACAUGUCCUCAGUGUGGAAAGAGUUUCAGACAAAUAAAAAGUCUUAAUGCCCACAUGAGUGUUCACACUGAAGAGAGGCCUUUCACAUGCCAUCAUUGUGGAGAGAGAUUCAAGUAUUUAAAUAAUCUUCAAUGUCAUCUUUCCUUUCUGCACACUGGAGCAAAGUCAUUUAACUGUGAUCAGUGCGCUGAAAGUUUUAUCUUGGAAUCAGACUUGAACAUUCACAAAGACCCCCAUUUGUGUUCUUUUUGUGGAGAGAGUUUUUCAUGCCCAUACCAUUUUAACGAGCACCAGAAAAUUCAUAGUAAUGUGAAAGCUCAUGUGUGCCUUGAGUGUGGCGAUGCCUUUGCAGGAGCCGGCAACUUGAAGUUGCACCAGAGAGUCCAUAUUAAAGAAAAAUCUAACAACUGUUCAUAAUGUUUAUAGAGUUUCACUCAUUCAGGAGUCCUGAAAAUGAAUGGAGAGUAUUCUCUCCAGCCUUCAGUAUAGUUUCACCACAUCAAGUACCCAAUCAACACAUUUUAAAAAAGCAUGGUAGAAAAAAUGUAACCGUGAGCUGUUCUUCGGGUUCAUUUUCAGGUCCAGUGCUUUAAACUGUGGGAAUUUCAGGUAAACAUCAAAGAUGAAUAAAAUUGCUAAGUUUUAAGAAUGCAUUUUUUUAUGAUGGGUAGUAGUAGUAAUAGAAAUGUACUUACAGAAAAGUCUAUUAUUGUAAUGUCUCCUUUCAGUUUAACUUUUGUUACAUUUUGUUCACUUUUAAAAGGUGCUAAUGCAUUGAGAAUUUGAGAAUGGAACAAACUUUCUUGAAUUAAAAUCAAGAUUAUAGAAGCUUAACCAGUCAACUACUGUGUGGAUGAAAAAAAAAAGAAUUCAAGGAAAUACAUUUUUGGUUAUUCCAGUAUUCCCAUUACAUUUUUGCUUUGUAAAAACAAGUCUUACUUGGGCAUGUCUUUUAUUGUAUCCAAGAUUGUAUCACAGAAAACCUGGAAUUAUCAGGGAAUUUCAAAAUUUUGAUUUCCAUGACUAGUCUGGAACAAUCAUGGAAGUGCAAUAAAUUGUUAAAAGUCAAAAUGUUCAUGAUGAAUGUAAAAUGCUUUGCAUGGAGCUAUUUUUGUGUGUGUGUCUGUGUGUCUUUUUGGAGGCACAAAUAAGUGCAGGGGCGGCGCCAGAUAAUUUUGGCCACAGGUGCUAUGAGGGUGCAUCACACUUACUGGGUUCAGAUGCUUCAGAGUGAAAUUCAAGGACUUUCACACAUUUUUAUUUGUUUUCAAGGACUAUGCACUUGAUGUCAUGUUAAUUUUAAAUAAAAAGAUAUGUUAUUCAUUCAAUUUAUUUAUUUUAUUAAAACAACACAUAUUACAAAAUAUCUCAAUCUGCAUCUUUAACUACACAUUCUCACAGUUAUACGAGGAACUGAUUGAAACUGCAAAUGGUCAUUCUCAAAAAUGUUUAACUUCCAACUUCCAAAAUAUUGAAACAUUUUUGCCCAUAAAAGCUGAAUGUAAACAUUGUUUAACAUCUUAACAUGAUUAUUAUUCAUAAACGUUAACUUGUUUUUUUCUUUUAUUAUUUAAUUUUGUUUCACAAACAAUGCAAGUGUUAACCAAUGAGGGUUAAAUGGGUUAUAACACCUAUUUCUAAAAAAAAAAAAAAAAAUGUAUAUUAGUUACAAUUUUAAUUAACUUUCACCCAAAAAUGUUAAUUCUCUCAUCAUUUACUCACCCUCAUGCCAUCCCAGAUGUGUAUGACCUUUCUUCUGCAGAACACAAAGAUGUUUAGAAGAAUAUCUCAGCUCUGUAGUCAAGUCAUUUUUAUUUGUAUAGCGCUUUUCACAACACAUCGUUUCAAGGCAGCUUUAAGGGAAAUCAUGCAUUAACAAAAACAAAAAAAAUGAAACUGUAAUAUAUAUAACAUCUUAGAGUGAUCAUUGUGUAGUUUGAUUAAAUAUGAUUGUAAAUUGUGUAAAAAUGUAAUCAUAAUUGUAUUUAGGACCCCUGUGAGCAAGCUGAAGGCGACUGUAUGUGAAGGUAGGUCCAUACAAUGCAAUUGAAUUGUGAUCAGACCUUUGUACCUCAA